GACCCUUCGCAAGGAUAGAGUAUUUUCAAUUAUCCAUAACACUUAUCAACCACAGGAAGGUAAGACAUUUCGCUUGGCUUUUAAUAAAGAAACUGUAUUAGCCGAACUUUGGGAUUGGGCCAAGCAAAUGUCUUUACUACCUUUUGAGAAUCAGAAAAGUGCUUCGCUUAUCUGCCAUCUUAGAAAGGAUGUGCAAGGGAUUGUUCAUGCUCUUAAGACUGAUUUUCCAGAACUACAGAUUAAGGAAUAUCAUGGUAAAUCAGAUCCUGAAGAAAAGGCUUGUGAUUUUAGCAAUAUAGAAGAAUCAUGGAAAGACGUAGACCUAGUUGCCUAUACUAGUACUCUAAAGAUAAGAGUGUCUUGCACCAAUCCUAAGUUUGAACGAGCAUUCUGCAUUUUUAACAGUUAUAUAGAAACGAACGCUGGGACGAAUCAGAUGUUAUUUUGCAUACGAUGUAUUAAAGAUUAUAUAUGUUAUAUUGAGCAGAGAUCUUCUAACGUUCCCAUUAUAGAAAAGGGAUUAUUUCAGUGGUUAUUAAAUGCUAAACGUGAAUGUCUUCCCCAAGAACUUUAG